GGAGUGACUACCUUUUGGUUCAAAUCAGCUUCAAUUCUUACACUUGAACACAUCACAAAGUCGGGGAAUUUUGGAGGAUUAGCAGAUUAACCAAUUAUACCAAGCAGAUGUUAAUGAUCAUCAAUUCCAUAUGUAGGUUGAAACACAGUCAUUAACUAAAAGAAACAGCAGUAUAAGAGGCUUAAAACUGGAUGAGGAACAGCCAAAUUCUACUACUGAGGUUGUGGAAGACAGUUUUCUGUCACAGGUCAUACACCAUGGCAAAACAGAGAACAGAAACAAGACACAUGGUAGUUAUAUUGCAUCAACAAAGUAACUGCCAGGCAAAGAUUGCAAAGCAGACUGGGGAUUCAAAAUGUGCUGUUCAAGGUCUUUUGAAGAAGCACAAAGAAUCGGGUAACAUUGAGGACCGUAGAUAAAGUGGUCAGCCAAGAAAACAAUGCAGCAGAUGAAAGAGACAUCAGGCUUAUUUCCCUUGGACAUCGGAAGAUGUCUAGCAGUGCCAUCAACAUAGAACUGCAGAAAUUGGUGGGAUCCAGGUACACCCAUCUAUCCAGAGAAAUCUGGCCAGAAGUGGUCUUCGUGGAAGAAUUGUGGCCAAAAAGCCAUACCUCCAAAGUUGAAAUGAGAAAACUAUGAAGGAAAACAGGAACUAAAGUGGAUAAAAACGGCAGCAGGGCUCUGGAGUGGAGUCAAAAUUUGAAAGAUGUGGCUUAGGACCGGGGUAUAUACGAGACCGCCUUCUGCCAUCAACAACCUCCCACCGGCCAAUAUGUUCCCAUAGAGAGGGACUCCUCAGGGUGCCGUCGGCCAAACAAUGCCGACUGGCGACACCCAGGGGGAGAGCCUUCUCUGUGGGGGGCCCAGCCCUCUGGAAUGAGCUGCCCCUAGAGCUUCGUUUUAGCCCCGACCUGCAUACUUUUCGCCGCGCCCUUAAGACCCUUCUGUUCCAGCAAGCUGGACUGGCCUAGUAUGAAUUUUUAAAAUGGGUGUAUGUGUGUUUUAAUUCGUGGGCCAAAUUUUAUAUUCAAUUUUAAUUGGUUUUAAAUUUUAUAAAUCUAUGUGUUUUAAUAUGGCUGUACACCGCCCUGAGUCCUUCGGGAGAAGGGCGGUAUAGAAAUCUAAUAAACUUAAACUAAUAAACUGUAGCAGGAAGCAGUUUGCUGAAGAGCCAGAGAGCGGUACAAUAAUGAGUCUUGGCCGGCAACAAUGAAGCAUGGUGGAGGUUCCUUACAAGUUAGGGGCUGCAUUUCUGCAAAUGGAGUUGUAGAUUUAGUCAGGAUCAAUGGUGUCAAUGUUGAGAAAUACAGGCAGAUACUUAUCCAUCAUGCCAUGCUAUUAGGGAGGUGUACGAUUGGCACCAAAUUUAUUCUACAGCAGGACAACACAGCCAAUGUCAUUAAAACUAUAGCGUAAAAAACAAAUUCUGGAAGUGAUAGUUUGGCCCCCACAGAGACCUGAUCUCAAUAUCUUGAGUCUCUGGGAUUACAUGAAGAGACCGAAGGAUUUGAGGCAGCCUACAUCCACAGAAGAUCUGUAGUUUUCCAAGAUGUUUGGAACAAUCUUGAGGGAACCUUGGCUGAGUUCCUUCAAAAACUCCAAAUGUACCUAGAAGAAUUGAUGCUGUUUUGAAGAUAAAGGUUGAUCACACCAAAUUUUGAUUUGAUUUGGAUUUCUCUUCUGUUCAUUUACUUUCCAUUUUGUUAAUUGAUAAGACUAUUAACACUUCUAUUUCUGAAAGCAUUCUUAAUUUACAGCAUUUUUAGACAACUGCCUAACACAUUUGCACAGUACUGUACAUCUCAUUGUCUAAUAGAAUUGGUGAAAUUAAAUGAGAAAUGUAUACAUGUAUUUAUUUAUUAAAUUUGUUUGCUAUCCAUCUCCCCACAAGGUAACUCAGUAGUUUACAACAUUGAAAGUGUGUGUGUAGUAUAAAAUCACAUUAAAAUUGCAAUAAAAUGCAAGUUAUAACUAAAGCUGGGGAGGAAGUAAGCAGAAUAUAGAGGAGGGAAGUGGCAACUUCUAUUAGAUGAUCAACGACCUCCAGUGUGAUAUUCCUCCAUUGGGACCUGAUAGAACCAGGUCUUCAGGCUCUUGAGGAAAGUCAGGAGGAUGAAAGCCAAGCAAAUUCUGUAUUCUUGAUGCAUAGUUGUGUAAUGAAGACAAACUGAUCUGGGUUAUUCAUUAAAGCUGCCCCCAUUGACUGGAAGUUAAUACAUUGCAUCACAGUUGUGAUUGUGAUAUUGCUAAUAUCUUGAAAAUGAGUCAAGGGCACUUGUGUACCCCUUUCUUCAAAAGAUUGACCAGCACAUCAAUUUUGUUAGUCAUGCCACAUGUUGGGAGCAGAACACAACAAAAAUCUGCUUGUAGACCACAAUACACUUAAGAUCAAGAAGUAAAAAUGAUUGGUGGCCGCUUCGUAAGUCGAAAGAGUGAACCAAAAGCUAUAGGUUCUGCGGAAAGGCUGAGUAUAGUAGAACAUGAAAAAAUACCAUAUCAAAGAAGAGAUACAUGGUGGAGAGAUUCACUAAGGCCAACCCCAAUCCCAGGAUCUUAUCCUGUACGAGAUUUUCUUGAAGAAGCUCAGUUGAAUCCAGUGAAAGCAACUUAUAAUUUUAAAAGUGAAGGGAGAAAGAGAGCAUCCAUCUAUCAGCAACUACCUGAUUUGACCUUGCCAAAUACUUUUAUGUACUAUCCUCCUUCAUUUGUGGAACUGGUAGAGAAAAGACCUGCUACUUAUUCCUUUAAGAGUACUUCAAGGCAAAGCAACUAUCCAGUCAGUGGAGAUAAGAAUAUAAGCACUGAUCCUGGACAGUAUGAUCUUUUCCCUCGUCCAGUUCCUACUUUUCCUACUAAGAGUUAUAUGUUUCGAUCUGCAGUUCAGAGACAUCCCAUUUUUCCUCUGAAACAAGGUCCAGGCCCAGGGGAGUAUGAAAUAAAGGAUGCCCAACCAGUUCCAAUACGAUCGUCCUUCAUAUCAAAAGUACCACGAAUAUUGCCAGCCCACACUAAAGUCCCUGGUCCAGGAUAUUAUUGGCCUACCAAGCAGGCUCCAAGACAGCCUAGAACUAUUGCCAGCCUUGGACGGGAGCAUACCAUUUUCUUUAGCAACGUUCCCGAACUUUAGAAUACAAAGGAUAUGUCGUUCUGACGCCUUCAUUAAGACAAGCUUGCUAAUUUUUUUAUUCCUCUUCAUUUUAAAUGGAUUAUUAUGUUGUUAAUCCAG